AUGCAUAUUAAUAUCAUUGAUUACUCAAAAAUGGGGAUUAAAAAAAAAAACAAAGGAAAAAAAGAUUAUGUGCCUAAUCAAAUCAAGUCCCAGAUUCCCAUAUCAAUGAGAAUUUGAUAAAAUUAAAGUUAAACCACCAAGCUUUGGUCUCCCAUAAGCUGACAUUACUUAUCUUUCUCUAUUUCUCCUUCUAUAUAAUAUAAUACAAUAUAAUAAUAUGUAUUAUAUAAUAUAAAGAGAAGGGUGCUGUGUCAUCUGUGAAUCAAUAAAUGGAGGAGAUAAAUGCAAUCCCAUGCCCCAGUUUCAGAUUGAGAGUGAAAGCUUUAGCAAAAGAAUAAUAUACAAAUACCCAAAAAAGGAAGCCAAGUUGCUUCUCACCAUCUUUAUUCAGGAAAGAGAGAGAGAGCUCAUAUGGCAUCUAUCUAUCUAUCUAUCUAUCUAUCUAUCUAUCCAGAGCUUUCUCUUUUAGUCAGUAACAGUAAAUAAGACCCCUGAAAUUUGGCUUUUUCUCUAUUAACCCAUAAGUCACCACUUCUAUUGCCCAUACUCCUACAUAUACCCUUUUGUCUGUAUUCCACACCAUUUUAAGUCAAAAGUUACCAAAACAAUCUCCUCAUUCCUCAUUGUAUCAAGAAAACUUGAUAUAAAUGUAUAGUUACAUAUAUAUGUAGAUGCCAAUCAAGAAACAUAGAACUAAAGACUGAUUUUUAGCUACUUAAAGAAGAAGAGGGAGAGAGAGAAAAAGGAUGAAGAUUUGGUGUGAUAUGUGUGACAAAGAGGAAGCCUCUAUUUUCUGCUCUGCAGAUGAAGCUGCUCUCUGUGAUGCCUGUGACCGUAGAGUUCACCAUGCAAACGAACUUGCAAGGCAACAUCUGCGGUUCUCUCUCGUCAUCCCUAACCUAAGGGAAUCACCCCUCUGUGAUAUCUGCCAGGAAAGACGCGCUUUACUUUUCUGUAAAGAAGACAGAGCAAUUCUUUGCAGAGAAUGUGAUCUUCCGAUUCACCAAGCCAACGAACACACACAGAAACACAACAGAUUCCUUCUCACUGGCGUUAAGCUCUCUGCUUCAUCUUCUUCUUCUUCGUCCUCUUUAAAUCCAUCUUCAUCGUGCUCUAAUAGGUCUGCUGCAACCAUGGGAGCCGAGUUUAACAACUUUCAGUCCCCCAUGAAGAGAGCACAGAGUACGUCAAGUCCUUGUGAGCUCUUCAGUUCUCCUUCAAUGGCGGUUGCAGCGACAAAUUACACAGUUCAUGAUUAUAACAAGGUUAUGAGCGAUGGUGGUUCGAUUCCGACGAGCAGUAUAUCGGAGUAUUUGAUGGAAACAUUGCCGGGUUGGCGAGUGGAGGAUUUGCUUGAUCCUUCCGCUGCUUUCAAUUGUUUCAGUAAGACCCAUGAUGGUGACGAUACAUCGACACAUAGGGGUGAAGAUUUUGAAAGCAAUACGAUGAGUUAUUAUUUUUCUUCACCAGAAUACUUAGCAGUGAGGGUACCUCAAGUGAAGUCAAAUUUGCACCCAAUUCCCCAAACGUCCAUUUUAUGUCCCCAAAAUGGCUUGGUAAAUUGGAGUUGACAGGAAGCAAGAGCUUGAAAAUUACAGGAGGACACUGACACUGAGCCCUGAAGAAAGAAGCUCUGGGGUAGUAGCUACGAGCCAAUGCAUACUAGUAUGUAAUAUAAAAAAAAAAA